AAAACCUCUGUCUAGGGGUUUGCUCUACAUAUAUAUAUCACUCCACCAUAAUACAUAUGCAUGUAUAUUUGCCUUUGCAUGUAUCAGUAGUAGUAAUGACCGGAGACAACAGUGGUCGUGAGAAUGAUGGUUUUCAGGCCUUCUUCAAGUGCUGGAUUGCUGAGCAAAACCAACACCUCGAUGACCUCGUCGUUGCUUCCAAAGCUGCAGACUACAAUGGUGACCAUGAUCAGGUGUUGUUAAGUUCCUUGGUAGAGAGAGUGUUGAAACAUUAUGAACAAUACUACAACGCCAAGUUUCAAUGGGCCAAGCAAGAGGUGCUGUCAAUGCUGUCGCCGCCGUGGAGGAGCUCAUUGGAAGAUGCGUUCCUUUGGAUAGGUGGCUGGCGACCAAGCAUGGCUUUUCAUUUGCUCUACUCGAAGUCCGGGCUACACCCAGAGGAUUGUUCUGCUGAGUUGAUGCGAGGGUUGAGGUUCAGCAAUACUGGUGACUUGGGUGAUCUCUCACAGUGGCAACUCACCAUGGUGGACGAGUUGCAAAGGAGGACUAUCCAGGAGGAGAAGCAUAUAUCGGAAAAGAUGGCCAAGCUGCAGGAGACUCUGGCUGAUAAUCCACUUGUUGAGCUGUCGCACUUGGCCACCGAUAAGAUGAGGAAGAAUAAUAAUGUCCAUGAAGAAGGAGGUGAUGAUCAUAUGGAGCGAGUUGAGUCCACUCUAGCUUCCAAGGAGGAAGGUUUGGAGAAGAUUUUGCACAAGGCUGAUGAUUUAAGGAUAACAACACUCAAGAACAUCACACAAAUUCUGAGUCCACUCCAGGCUGUUCAUUUCUUGAUUGCUGCUGCAGAGUUGAACUUGAGGGUUCAUGACUGGGGCAUUAAGAAAGACGAUGCAACUAAUUAAUGUCACCUUGCUUCACUGCAUGCCAUCAACUAGAUUGGUGAAUGUAACUGCUGAUGAACAGAAUCUCUGAGCCUUGCAGAGUUGCAGAUGGCGUCCAAAUCUUGAUUGCACCAGUCUCGGAUGCAAAGUCUACUUGCUGCCUAAGUACAUUUUAGUAUCUUAUCACUCUCUAUAUGAUGUAAUAUAAAUAAGGCAAUACAAUGGAGUCUGUUUGUGAGGCUUUCUC